CCUAUUUGAAUCAUUAUAAAUGUAUCCUUUCGUGACAUUCGUUGAUAUCAAUUCGAAAAUGCUUUACCUCGCAAAUACUUUUACGAUGUGAUUCUUAUUACUAACUGAAUAAUAUAGUGUAACGAUUAAUCGCGGAAAAUAAUCUCCGCAAAAUGCAAUCUUGGUUAAAAAUAUCGCUAUUAUUAUGCGUUUUCGGGUUUCUAAAAGAACUCCGACCGUCGGAGCCCUUCAUUUACGAAUUUUUGAUCGGCGAAUGGCGCAAUGUGACCCCCGAAGAAGUUGCUCAACACGUUUAUCCUGUCGGAACUUAUAGUUAUUUAGCUCAAUUAGUUAUUGUUUUCUUAAUAACCGAUUUAAGCCGGUAUAAACCAUUAAUAAUCGUUUCUGGUAUUUCUGGCCUUAUCGUUUGGGGAAUGUUGUUAUGGACAAAAACAUUAUUAGAACUUCAAAUUUUAGAGAUAUUUUACGGUACGUUUAUGGCAACAGAAGUUGCGUACUACACCUACAUAUACGCAAAAGUUCCCACGGAAUUCUAUCAACAAGUAACAUCUCACACAAGAGCUGCUCUUUUAGUAGGAAGGGCACUAUCCGGAUUUUUAGCUCAAAUUCUAGUCUCUUUUGACGCUAUGGAUUACAGGGAAUUAAAUUACAUUACUUUUGCAGCAUUAAUAGCGGCAACAAUUUGGGCAAUCUUCCUUCCAUCGGUUCAAAAAAGCAUUUAUUUCCAUCGGAUGCAAGAAGAAAACCAACAUUUAACCGCAUCAAAAUACAAAACGGCUUUCAGCUUAAUGAAAAAACAUUUCAUCGAUUCAUUUUCAAAUAAAUACGUUUUAAGAUGGUCCAUUUGGUGGGCUUUAGCAACAGCUGGUUUUAUUCAGGUCCAAGUCUACAUUCAACCAUUGUGGAGUGAGAUACAAAAAGAGUCAAACAGUGAUGAAGAAAAUUUUAACAUUUAUAACGGAGCUGUCGAGGCAAUUUUAACAAUAAUCGGUGCUUUGGGUGCUUUAGGAGCGGGAUUUAUAAAAACCGAUUGGAAACAUAAAGGCGAAUUAAUGUUAUGCGUGUGUUCUUUAUUUGGCGGGGCUUUCAUUUUAAUUUGUUCACAAACAACAUCGGUUGUAGUCAGUUACGUUUGUUAUGUAUUAUUCGGUGGAUUAUAUCACUUUAUGAUUACAAUAGCAAGUGCUGAAAUUGCCAAAUUUAUUAUGGAAGAUAGUUACGGGCUUGUAUUUGGUUUAAAUACUUUGGUUGCUUUAACGUGUCAAACGUUUUUAACACUUUGUUUUGUUACGGGAGAUUUAGGUUUAGCACUAAGUCCACGAGAUCAAUAUUUAGUAUAUGGGAUUUAUCACAUUAUUAUUUCCGCGUUGUAUAUUGUGAUUGGAUUGACUGCUUGGAUGAGAAGUAAUCGUGAUAUUCAAAAGACUUAUACGUAGCAAAUUUAUUAAUUUGCAAAUUUUUAUUUAUUUUCUUCAUCAGAUUUGCAAUGAGAAUAUAAUCCACCUUGAAAAGUCUUUAUUAAUCUUAAUUAUUAUUCUAACUAAAUAACAAUUUUUGAUAUACAUUACAUCUUUUGAAUCAUAUUAUAGCACAACUAAAGUUAUCUGAUGAAGGGAAUAAAAUGACUCAAGCAGCAGAAUAACAUAGAAUCGUUUUUAGGAAUUUUGAGAAACGUUUUUUUUUAAUUUUUGACUUGAUUUGUUGUUUAAUUUAUGAAAAUUAGAAAGAUUUUAUUAAAAUACAUUCAGUAUUUUCUUUGAACGAAACGUAGAGUAUUAUAUAGAGUAAACCAGAAUAAGCUCAGUGACUUAGAGUAUUUUAGACUGCUUUAUGAAAGUGUUCAUUUUGUUUAAACAAAUAUUGAGUGCUGGACACUUGACGAUUUAAAAGACUAGGAUGUUUGGAAUUCUUUUGAUAGAAUAAAUGGAAAUUGUUGAUUAAUUUGAAUAAAUACGAUCUUAAUUUCUUGA